AUGCCAAAGUAUUAUUGUGAUUAUUGUAAAUCAUAUUUAACGCAUGAUACAAGAAGUGUUAGAAAAUCUCAUUUAAUGGGUAAAAAUCAUAUAAAAUAUUAUUGUGAUUAUUAUGAAUAUAAAUCAAAAGAAACUGGUGAUUGGAAACCAAAGGAAUUAAUUUAUGAAAUAACUUUAAAUAAACUAAACAAGGGAAUACCUGGUGGUCCAGAUGAUAAAAAUUUAAUAGCUAAUCAAGAUCAUCACAAAAAAAAUGAGGAUUCAAUGAUUAUUGAUCUGAAAUCAAAUGAUGAUGAUAAUGAUGAAGAAGAAGAAGAAUUUAAUUUACCACCACCACCUCAUUUUACUGGUUUACCUUUACCUCCACCUGCUGUUUAUAAUAAUACUAGAGAGUAUCAACAUUCAAUUUAUUUACAAAAAAAGCAACAACUACAACAACAACAAUUUUAA